AUGAUUUUGGCUACAAGACGCGCUAUUCGUCACGAUGUUAAACCAUUCAGCACAUUUAUCAAGAAGACAUCAGUUAGCCCAACUAACCAAAUGAUCACAUUCGAGAACGUUGGGGAUUUCCUUACUGUGAAGUCUAUUAACUUUAAACAAAUUACAAAAUACAAAUUGCACGAGCCUUUUGUCGCAGAGCUGGCUCGUGUCGAAAAGAUACCUCUUGUCGAACAAAAUAAUACCAAUAAAAUAUUAGGAAAGACUGGAUAUGGUGAAGUGCAUUAUACAAUUGAGAUUUAUAACGAAAAACAUAGACAAUCAUUUGAACAGAACUCUAAGAUUAAAAGUGGUCAGGUUGCUAAAUGGACAGUAAACGAUAUUCUUGGUGCAGAGCCAAAUAAUUUGAAUUUGGUUGAAUUUGUGAAAACCAUGUUGUUAUUAGUUGAAAGAUGCCAUAAAGUAAUUUCUAGUGAAUCAUAA